UCUCGCGCUAUCUUGCUAAAACGCAGAGAGUCUGAUUUCAGGCAAGGGAGAAGGGGAGAGGUAGCUAGCUUGGGAUGUCGGUAUCUUCGUGUGAAAUGGGGGACGAUCGACCAUUUGUGUGCACAGCCCCUGGCUGUGGCCAGAGAUUUACUAAUGAGGACCAUCUGUCAGUCCACAAACACAAGCACGAAAUGACCCUCAAGUUUGGUCCUGCCCGUACUGAUUCUGUCAUCAUUGCAGACCAGACACCCACACCCACUCGCUUCCUCAAGAACUGUGAAGAGGUCGGACUGUUCAAUGAACUCGCCAGCUCAUUUGAGCAAGAGUUUCGGAAAGCCCAUGAGGACGACCAGAGGUCUAAAAACCCGCUUCCUGCUCCUCAGGUUCCACCUCUGCAGACACCAUCUGAGGUGAAGGAAGAAGAUGAUGGGCCACUAGAAGUUGACUCCUCCCCUCCAGGAAGUCCUGACUCUACCUCCAGUAUGUCAGACAGCAGCAAAGAGCCAAUGGAGACUCCCCCAAAGCCAGUGGUGAGCUCUGCCCCCACUCCAACUAUUGUGCGUCCUGGUUCACUUCCUCUUCACCUUGGUUAUGACCCCCUGCACCCCACUCUACCAUCUCCAACGUCUGUCAUCACGCAAACUCCGCCCUCCAACAGACAACUAAGUUCUCCAACAGGCUCUUACCCUCUGGUAAUGCACCUCCCAAAUGGACAGACGGUCCCUUUGCUUCCCAGUCCAGUGCAGAUGCCCUCUGUCAUAUCUCUUGCCAGACCAUUGAACAUGGUUCCUAACAUCCCUGGGAUUCCUGGCCCACCCAUCAGUGGCACUAGUAGUGGCUCCUCCUCCCCAUCUGGGUACAGUCUGCACUCGGAUGCCAAAAUGCGACUGAAGGCAGUGCUGACCCAGCAGAACGGGGCUGGUGGGGGGACUGGGUCCAGCCCUGCUGUUCCUCAGAGACACGAACACAGCCAGCAGCCCACUCAGCACUCUGAUGCACCCUCACCUGCCCAGCCUCAGGUGUCUCCUGCUCAGCCAACGGGAGGCCGGCGGCGGAGGGGGGCAGAGACGGAUCCUGAUGAGAGGAGGCAGCGCUUCCUUGAGAGGAACCGAGCAGCAGCCUCCCGCUGCCGACAGAAGCGGAAGGUCUGGGUCUGCUCCCUGGAGAAGAAGGCUGAGGACCUGGCCAACAUGAAUGUCUCUCUCACUAAUGAAGUGGGUUUGCUGAGGAACGAGGUGACCCAACUGAAGCAGCUUCUUCUGGCUCACAAAGACUGUCCUGUCACUGCCAUGCAGAAAAAGGCUGCUUAUCUCGCUGCAGGGGGAGAGGAGAGUUCUAGGGACCCGUCUGAGCCCACAGGCUCUCCCGCAGCAGUCAUCCAGCAUGGGCCUUCCACCCCCGCCCUCAGCCCACAGGCCACCAUCAACGGGCUGAGUGUCCGGGCUGCAGAGGCUGUUGCCAUGUCAGUCUUGGCUGGAAUGGGUGCGGGCCAGCCGGGUGGGGUUGUCAUGGCUACACAGUCUCAGCCAACCCCCAGAUGAUGUGCAGGCACAGGGAGUCAAUAAGAACUUAUUUGGCUUUUGGAAGCUGGACUGGGACAACUGUGUGUGUGUGUGUGUGUGUGUGUGUGUGUGUGUGUGUGAGAGAGAGAGAGAGAGAACAAGAGGGACCUGAUCUGAAGUCUGAUAUCCCAUUUGUUGUUGAUAGUACUCCAUAGACUCACCCUCUACCCCUUUUAAUCAUUUUUGGAUGACAUUUGACCCAGGCCUGUUAGGAGAGGGUGCCAGGAUUAAGUGGUGGACCACUUAUCAUAGCCACAGACUGAGACAUGCAGUGUUGCCAUCCUCCAUUCUCUCCUACUGCCCCCCUCACACCCAUAGUCACUGAACAGACUAGUAGUGAAGCUGCCUCAGUCCCCUCAUCUCUGACAGAGCCCUGCUUGGAGACUGAAGCACUGUCAUCGCUUGGGAACAGUACUGUACGAGUGUAUAUAGUUAACAACUAGCCUCUUACAUUUAUACCCACGCACACAAAAUGUCAUUGACUCCCCACCCCGAAACACACAGGCACUCUUAAACUCAGUUGUGAUUGUCCCAUAUUGAGUUGUUCUUCCUUGAGUUGUGCAGCUAUCGGUUAACAAUCCUUGAUACACAGAACACCCCUUUUACACAUGUUUAGGGCUGGAUAAGUAUGAGAUAUUGUGAGAUACAUGCAUAUAUUUUCCCUUUGUCAAUGUGUGAGCCAAAGUUACACUGCAAUGUCUGGCCUUUUUAACCUCUUUGGAAGUGAUGUCAUAAUUAUGCAUUUUGACAAUGUGUAUGAAUCCCUAAUUGACUGCAUGGAUUAGUGGACACUGAUGAAUACCACUGUUUGCUUGUGUCUGGUCAUAGUCUUUCUGUUUAACGGUCUGCCGGUCUGUCACUCUGGAGUGAUGUCUAUUGAUUGAUGCAAACACCAACCUUUUUUUAAAUGUGAGGAUUCUUUCCUCUUAGUCCUAAUGUAACAAACUUGAAAUGGUUAGUUUUAGAUUCUACUUUACAUAGUAAAAUCAACAAAUUCAUUCUGUUAUAAAAUUAUUGACCAAGGCUAAACUAAGUUGAGGAAAAAGUAGUGCAAUAUAUUUUUAUAUUUGAAUCUAUCAAUAUCCAUGUUCCUGCAUUUACUGAAAUGUAUGUAUAGAAGUAAUUAGCGUAAGCUUCGUAUUCAGUUGCUAACUAAUGACAUUUAGAUGAUCAGAGGAAAUGUAAACAUGAUGUAUUCUAGUGACAUUUGUGGUUAGAGGAUAUCUACAGGGAAUUCUACAUGCCCUUGUCUUGGGUGCUCUGUAACAGUUCAACUCUAUUUCAUGGAGUAUAUCAGUAAAGUCACUUCCUUUGAAUAUUUUAAUUCAUGAAAUGCAGUGAUGUGUUUGUGUUUUAUACCACAUAUAUAUUGCUUUGAGGAGUAUCAUAUUGUUUAUUUCUCCUUGUAAACCUUUUUUUUUUUUUUUUUUUGUAAGUCAUUGUGAAUGUUCAUUUAGUUGUUUUCUGUUGGUUAGGCUUCUCGGAUCAUGUUUCACCAUUUUCCUUUAAUUUGUCAAGAAUCCUUUCAUCUUUACUCAGAGAACCCCAGAUGUUGAGUUCUACAAUGAAGCAGAAUUGGUUUCCACAGAUACAUAAAUGUUUGCUUUUUUAUAAUUCCACCUCAAGGCAGGUGCAAUCAACUGUAUAGUCUCAAAUAAUGAAUAAACUCGGGCAAAUAAAUAAGUUAAUUGAGAAAACUUGGGUGAUAC